CUGAACGAGUGCGGACGCGUUUGGCGGACAGAAAAGAAGGAAAGGCCAAUACAACACAGCCACAGAAAAGCUGUAAACAAACCCAGAUAGUGCACCAAGUUCGCGAGUGUCCAUAUGUGUGUUUAGAUUAAAUUUAUUGGCAAAUUACUUAUCCAAUCCGCCGUGAAACGUUAAUCUGCACCCGCAGCAUCAUGCCCGAAAUCGUCGAGCUGAACGUCGGCGGCGUGAGCUACACAACCACAUUGGCCACAUUGCAGCAGGAUAAGACCACGCUGCUGGCCGAACUCUUCGGCGAGGGUCGCGAUUCGCUGGCCAAGGACAGCAAGGGUCGUUACUUCCUGGACCGCGAUGGCGUCCUCUUCCGCUACAUCCUGGACUUCCUGCGCGACAAGGCGCUGCACCUGCCCGAGGGAUUCCGCGAGCGCCAGCGGCUGUUGCGUGAGGCGGAGCAUUUCAAGCUAUCAGCCAUGCUGGAGUGCAUCCGCGGUGAGCGGGAUGCCCGACCUCCGGGCUGCAUUACUAUUGGAUAUCGUGGUAGCUUCCAGUUCGGCAAGGAUGGACUUGCAGAUGUCAAGUUCCGGAAGCUGUCGCGUAUUCUGGUCUGUGGACGCGUGGCCCAGUGCCGUGAAGUCUUUGGCGAUACUCUAAACGAGUCCAGGGAUCCUGACCAUGGCGGCACGGAUCGGUAUACUUCCCGGUUCUUCCUGAAGCACUGCUACAUUGAACAGGCCUUCGACAAUCUGCAUGACCAUGGUUACCGCAUGGCCGGAAGCUGUGGAUCAGGAACCGCCGGAUCGGCAGCGGAACCCAAGCCGGGUGUGGACACCGAGGAGAAUCGCUGGAACCACUACAACGAGUUCGUCUUCAUCCGGGAUUAAGGAUAAGGAAAUGAAGGAGGCACUCGAAAACACCCCACCCAAUCCAGCUCUGUAUCGUUAUAUUUCGUUUGUGCGGGAUUCGUUUCGGCAGGCCAUUAAAACAUCAAAAAAAGAACAACUUGGAAAACCUCCUUUGCAGCAACAACCAUCAGUAUUCCAAGCACACGAUUCUGGGGAUUAACCUUUAUUAAUGGCAAGGAUGGGAUCAGGAGGACGCACACAAUUCAAUGGUUUGAGUUUCAACCCACCUCUUGAUAUACAAAUGGGAACAUUUCAAAUGUACAAUUGAACUAACAAUCCACACUAAAGUCUAGAAAAUUGUUAUUGACAAACAUAGAUAACUUAAUGAGGGAACUUGUGGGCACACAUCUGCUAAUUUGACGUAUUUUCUCUUUGGAUUGCCCAGCUAAUUUAAUAGUUUUGUUUAAGCGUGUUAAUCAAUAAAUCAGGGUGGGCCCAUUAAAUUGGAUAUUACGAGCUGUUCUGCACCGUAAAGACUCUUUGAUGAAUGGAAACGAAUUCGGAUUUACUGGCUGACAACAAAUGAAAACAAUUUGGCAAGUGCAGAUAACAAAAACAAAAGCGAACGUUUUAUUAGCCCCAACUUUUGUUGAUCCAGUGCAGUGUAAACAAGAUGAGUAGAAAACAUAAAACAGAUCAGAUCAGAUUCAGAAUGAAGUAAACGGGAAGAGAAGACUACAACAGCUGGCUAAACUUUGUAUUUGUGGUCAAUCAAUCACACUAAAAUCACACUGAACAAUUUGAAAUACGGGUUACUCUUUGAAACUAACGAAAUAUUGUAGCAACAGAUACCACAAAAACAACCGAACUCAAGCAAAUGCUAAAUCUAAAGUUUUAUUAGUCUAAUAAAAAUCGAAACUUGAAGUAAAGAAUAUACAAAUAGCGAAAUAGGAUAAUGGCGAACAACAUGUGGCCAUAUAACAUAUAUAUAUAAAUAUGUUGACCCAAGCUGAAAGCCAGCCUGCAAUCCAUAAAACUCAAACACAAAUCGAUAUUAGAAGUACAUUUACUAUACAAAACCAAACAAACAAACAACGGCUGUCAUAAGAUAUGCCCUUUUGCAAUAACUCUUGAAUCGUUUCCGAUUCUACAAAAAAGAAAAUGGCUCGGGAAAGAACGAUUUAAGGACGAUUUGGGAUUUGUAAGCCACAUUUGGCUUGGCAAUUUUUUGAGAACGAUAAAACCCUGUCCUGGAGCUAUAAUUGGAAAUGAUUUAAUAGUGCAUUUUAGAAAAUAGCUGAAACCACACAUCAUCUGGUUGAUUGCCUAGUCAAUCCAGAAAUGCAAUCAUCAUUUACCACCCAUCAUUUGUCGACUUUCAUUCGAUUUCGAUUUAAUUUUAAACUAAAACGAGAAAUGCCAAAAACAAAAACCAAAAUGGUCACAAGGACUUCCAGAAUCACGAUGGGAAUACCACACAUACGAAACUAAAUUUGCUGAAACUUUAGAAGCCACUCAGUUGUUGUUUGUAUUGAUUUUAUGCACUUUUGAAACGAAAUUCAUGAAAACAUUUUUCGCUGACAUAUCUCGCAUCGCAUUUUUGACAUUUCCGCAGGUUUGUUGUUGAAUUCAUGUCCACAUGAAGUGCAAUUUUGUUGAACGAAUCGCUUCGCCGGAAAUUUGAAAUGAAAAUGCCGAUGGGAAAAUGAAACACUCUCAUGAAAUAUACGAACAAAUUGUAUAAAACUAUAAAUUCUUGAAAUCGUGUGUAAAGAGACGCCCCUGCAUAUGUAAUCAUCAAUAAUGUGCAUGAAAAACCGAAAACUAUUUAGCUCCAUUAUAUACUGACUCCUGACUCGGUGUGAGCCUUCUCUUACACAGAUAAUAUGAAUCGAUAUAUACAAAUAUCUAUAUAUAUAUACCUAAUUAUAUAUUAAAACAAUUGUCGAUAUUGAAAGUAUCUUAUAAAUGUUUAGUAUUAUAUGUAAUUGAAUCCAAAUUGAACGGGCAAGGCGACGGAUAUGUAUUGUAUCAUUAAUUAAAUUAAACUGAAACUAAUUUAAAUUAACUAAAACGAAAUGUAAAAUGUAUUUAGAGAAGCGCAAAGUAAAACUGCUAAAAUAGCCUAUCAAAGUGCGACUAAGCAAGCAAAUAUGUAUGUAAAGGGGUAUAACUUGCGAAAAGCGAAAACCAAACAAUAAAUUAAAGAAACCAAACAUAGAUGGAGUUACAUAAUUGGGUGCAGGUGAGUUUCAGGAUUUCAAAUUACAGGUGUAUAUACUUUUUUUUUGUUUAUCCUCUGCUAAUUAAUAGGCUAUGGCCUACAAAAUUUGUCAUUCAUUAUUAAAUUCAAUGAAUAAAUUAUGGGUUUCAGCAGACAAAUUCGCUGACAUUGAUAGCGGCAUAUAAAAUUUAUGAACUGGCAGCUCCCAACUCGCGAUAGCUCAUUAAAUUUGACGGCUAAAGAAAUAAAAACAAAAAAUGCAAA